CACCACAGAGGGCUUGAAGGGGAGUGCAAGGGGUUUGCGUGAAGAGCUCAGUCCGCUCCUUCAGAGCCCACCAGCAGUUUAUGAGUAUUUUCAAACAUUUCUUCUGGAACAGUACUCAAUAAUCAAGAAAAAUGGCCAGACUUACGCUAUCUGCUAUGAUCUGUGGAAUGGCUCUUGCAACUGUCUUUAUGUCAGACUCUCUGAAUGCUGGUCCUGUAGGACGGAAUAAAGAGGAGGCCGUUUCUGAGGUGAAGACAGACAGCAUGUCAUCACUGAAGAAGCUGGUCCGCAACAGGAGGAAUGUUGCCUAUUACAGAAGCCAGCCUGAUUUCUGGGGCUGGUAUAAAUACUUCAUGGAGACCAACAACCAGGAAGGAAUCGAGGACAUGGAUCGCAUGUACCGAGUUUACCUGCAAAACAAACACAGAGUAGAAGAGGGCCGCUCUUACAACCAUUACCUCACGCACCUGAGCGAAAUUUAUAAAGCCUGUGCGCUCUCCAACGACCCGGACUGCAUUGCAGAAUCCACCAGCAAACCCAAAGCCAAGAUUGUCAUGCCUGUUCCUGUGAGGCAAGCUUCUGUGACGGUGUGCAACCCUUACCUCGACCCAUACUGUCUCUAUGCCGUUAGGCCAAAAGCUGCAGAAGAGGAGCCUUCACCCGCUCCAGCGAAGGUCCCUGCUCCGAUUCUGUCCCAUCUACUGCCUCUGCCUCUGAAAACCCCAUUGGCUCACUACUACGCUCCGGUCCUGGAGCCUUUCCUGUCGGCAGAGCAAAGAGCAGAGCUGUUGCGUAUCUGCAACCCUUCGGACACUGAGUGUCUGCAGUACCACCUGCGUGCUGCUUAUGGCUACAGGCCCUCGAUCGGCCCUCUGCCCUCGUACGCUCACCUUGGAUGUGAUCCUACCAAAGAUCCUUACUGUCAGCCCAAGCUGGUGGCCAGAUCCCCCUCAGGUUUGUAUCACCUGUACCCCUCCUGUAACCCCGCCACUGACCCCCUUUGCGUCACCAAUGUAGUUGCACCUGCAGCCCAAACUGCAGAGAAUUCGGAAACCCCAAAAGAGAAGUUUUGCAAUCCUUUGUUUGAAGAGGGCUGCAACCCCCUUACAGCUGCCAAGCUAACUGGACUCAGUGCGCCCGUUUUGGAGUACGCUCCAAAAGAUGAGCCUGCGCCUCUCAAUCUGGCCUGCGACCCUCGCUACGACCCAUAUUGUCUAAUGGGUGGAGCCGCUGCUCUCAGGAAACCCCCUCCAGUUCUCCCGGAGUUCCAGACUCGUCACCAUCUGGGCGUCCGUGGCAAGACCAAGGAAGGUUAUGACUGCUACAUGUUCUACGAUAAGGACUGCACCCCGGUGGACAACCAAGACCUGAGGGCCAGUGCGGCUAGUUCUAAACCAUUUUGCCAUCCGUACGACCCCAACUGUGGGAGGUUGGCCGCUAAUCCGUCCACUCAAGCAGAGGCAGCGAAGACGGUUAAAGAUGGCAUAAUUGAGCCCCAUCCGGACUGUGACCCAGAAAUCGAUUACAACUGCCGCCUGCGCAGGGCAGAAUCCAAAGAUAAAGAACACAAAGAUGAGCCGGCCCAGCAAGAACAAGGUCAAGGCAACCCUCUCCCUGAGUAUCCAGUGCCACGAUUCGAGGACUUCCUGAGAGGAUAUAUGGGUGGCUACAAGAAAUGAGAAGAAAAAAUGGAGCAGAACUUACAAAAUCAUGCUUAUGCAAAUUUAGCACAAGUUUAGGCCUAUGCAAAAGAAGCAGUUCAGGGUCACUCAAGAAUCGUUUUUGCAUUGAUGUUUUAGAAACUAUUGAUUAACAUUAUAUUUUAAGUUCUGAAAUGUCAUGCUGAGAAACAAAUUAAUAGAUUUGAGGGUUUUAGUUAUUGAUAAUAGUAUGUAUUUAUGUAUUAAAUAGUGUAGGAUUAGGGUACGUGAAUAUGACUUCAACACUUAAAUCUGUAUGUUACAUUUUCUUUAGUUUUGUUAUCAGAUCCCUUUUAUAUAUAUAUAUAUA